GCCCGGGGCUGGUGCUGCCUAAGGUGGGGGCGCAAGCGUGUGAACUAGCAGCUGCGGCGGCCAGGAGGGGACCCCACGGCCGAGGCUCGGAAGGGGGCGCCCGGGCUUCCGGGCCACUGUCCUCUAGCUCUUCCUUGUAGCCAACGCCGUCUGCCCGGGAGGCGCAGGCGCGAUGGGGGCCAACGAGGACCAGGAGAUGGAACUAGAAGCUUUACGUUCUAUUUAUGAAGGUGAUGAAAGCUUCCGGGAAUUAAGUCCAGUUUCAUUUCAAUACAGGAUAGGUGAAAAUGGUGAUCCCAAAGCCUUCUUAAUAGAGGUUUCCUGGACAGAAACAUAUCCCCAAACUCCUCCAAUUAUAUCUAUGAAUGCUUUUUUUAACAACACCAUUUCCUCAGCUAUAAAGCAGAGUAUAUUAGCCAAGUUACAGGAAGCAGUGGAAGUUAAUCUUGGAACUGCUAUGACCUAUACAUUGUUUGAAUACGCCAAGGACAAUAAGGAGCAGUUCAUGGAGAAUCACCAUCCCAUUAACUCCACAACAUCCAUAAGCAACAUCAUCUCAGUUGACACUCCUAAUAUAGCCCCAUCAAGUAAGAAAAAAGACAAAAAAGAACAUCUUUCUAAAGCACAGAAACGUAAGCUGGCAGAUAAAACAGAUCAUAAAGGAGAACUUCCUCGAGGCUGGAACUGGGUUGAUGUCAUAAAGCAUUUAAGCAAAACUGGCUCUAAAGAAGAUGAAUAGUACUUAGAAACUGAGAAAAAGCAAGAGCACCCUUUAAAAAAAACAUCUUGUAAUGAAAAAUAUGUGUUUGUUCUGCUCUGAAGAUUAUGAAACUGGUCAAGCUUAUGGUUCUUCAGUUACAAAGAAAAAUGCUAGUUAAAUACCAAUGAACUAUUUUUACUCUUUUAUAUGAAAUGUAUAAAUUUCUGGGGGUGAUGGUGGCAAUAGUGCCUCUUGUUACCAUAUGUAAAACACUUGAACACUUUCAUCAAUAUUGCCAUCAUCUGAUGAACACUCCCAGUAUAUUUUCUCAAAGUCUGUUUAAUUAAAGUUGUAUGGAAUGAUGUAACUAAUAAGCAAUAAAGUCUGAAUUAUUAUUAUAA